CUCCAGCUGUUCCAUACUCUGAGCAGCUGAGUGAAACAAAAUUCGAAGUGAAGUGAAGAACGUGGAAUUCUCAUUUUUCUUCAAAUUGUGAAUGAAUUCUGAAAAAAGCCGGAUUGCAUUAUUGAGAGGAUGAGCUUCCGUGGUGAGCUGGGCAAGAUGGAGGACUCCAGGAAGUUCGACCAGGACAAGGGAGAUGCAGACGACAGGGCCUCCAGAUUCGAUCCGAGCAGAGGCCGGCGCCCCCCCUUCGUGGGGGGCCGGGGGAGGCGCCCCUCGCCCCCCGGCAGAGACGGCAAGCCCUUCGGAGACAGGCAGAGGGAGUUUGGAGGCUACGGGAGGAACGAGAACGACUUCCCUCCCCCGGCGGGGAUGAGGGACCGCUCCCCCCUCCAGGGGGCUCCCGACGACAGAUACUUCAAGAAGAAUGACAGGAGAGAGGAGGCGGGCCGCAAGUUCUACGAGGACCCCCCCAGGGACCGGUACCAGAGCAUGGAGGGGGGCCGGGGGAGGCACGAGGGGGGCUACGGGGGCUCCCGCUUCGACACCCCCGUCGACUUCAAGCACAGGCCUUCGGGGGGCUACUCUGCCCCUCCCCCCGGCAAGGACUACGGCGAUGGCUUCCCCAAGCCCAACGAGUGUGAAAUCAUCGCCAUGAAUAGACAACAAAGGUUGUACGCGGAGAGCGUGGAGUCCCGCGUGAAGGGCCUGGGCAUCCUGGUGGACGUGCUGUUCCUGAAGGACGAGGCGCUGCUCACCCAGACCAUCGACGACAUCGCCCGCAAGGGCUCGCUCUACGCCAUGGUCAUCAGCCCCCAGAACGAGACGCACGGCUCCGUCACGGUCAACAUCCUGCACGGCACGCCGCAAGAGCACCGCAACAUGCCGUUGGAGGACGCCCUGAAGCUGCUGUCGCGCAACUUCCACGAGUGGGUGCGCGCGCAGAGGGAGCAGGUGGAGCGGGAGCGGUCGGAGCGGGGGCCCUACACGGGGGCCGUGGCCGCCGACCGGGAGAUGCAGCUGUUGCUGCGCAUGCUGGCCGACGGGCGCUGGGUGUCGCUGGCCGAGAUCAACUCCGUGGUCCUCUACCUCACCGAGCGCAGGGACAAGAUGCGGGGGGACGAGAGGGUGCGCCCCGAGCCGCCCCUCUACAAGCCGCCGCCGCCCGCCCCCCUCAAGGAUGACGUGGACGUCGCCCAGAAGGAGCAGGACCUGCAGAACCGCAUCAUGAACAUCAUGAACCAGGGAGCCCCGGUGGGCGGCGACGUCCCCCCGGCCAGGGCGGCCGCCCUGGAGCCACCCGUGGUGCCGCCCCCCAAGCCGGACCCGGAGGCCUUCGGGGGCCCCGCGUCCAAGUCCGAGUCGGCCACCACGCCCACCUACAUCAACUUCGACAACCCCAGCGUGCAGAAGGCGCUCGACAACCUGAUGCAGAGCGGGCCCAAUCUGCUCAAGAGUAUCUCGCUCACCACCCCCGCCGCCCCCUCCAAGCAGCCCCCCUUCGCGGGGGGCAGGGGGAUGCCGGAAGCGACCCCAGCCCGGGAGGGCCCCCCCUGGGCAUGGACGCGAUGCCGUCGCGCCCCGGCAUGGGCAUGUCUUCGUCCCGCGACGGAGCGCCUCCCGGGAUGGGGGGGAUGGAUGCGAUGUCUUCUCGCCCCGGCAUGGGCGCCGUGCCGUCCCGAGACAACGUUCCCGGCAUGGGGGGCAUGGACAACCUGUCGUCUCGUCCCGGCAUGGGCGGCAUGCCGUCCCGUCCGGCAGGCGGGUACGGUGGCGGCAUGGGAGCCGUCCGAGGGGGCUACGGAGGGGCCCCUCCCGACCGCAUGGGACAGCAGCGGGGCGGCAACCCCCCGCAGGGACAGGACGCGGGCAUGAACCAGCAGGGCGGCGGACACUUCUCCAACCAGAACCAGUUCAACAAGUACCAGGGGCAGCAGGGGAGCUUCCCCCCCUUCAGCUCGGGGAACAUGCCGCCCCGCCCCAGCUUCGGCGGCAUGGGGGGCCCGCGCCGCUUCUGAGGACGUUCUUCGAAUUUUUUAGCCAGACUCUCUCUCUCAUCGCAUAUAAGUGUCGUGUAUGUAUCUUGUCAUAGAUGGUUCAUGAAAUAAAGUGGAUGU